UGUUGCCGAGCAGCAGGCUUUUAGUUGCCAUCGGCGCGUCCAUGAAAUCGUGUCGCUUGGUUCGUGGUUGCGGCCUCGAAAGCGGCGUGUGAAGUGCGGCGCACUUUUUUUUUGUUGUAAAGCAAAAAGAACAGAAAAACAAGAAGGAAACGAAACAAAAGCGCACAACUGUACCGAACGUAACUGGCCCGGUAGUUGUGUAUGUUUCUGUGAACGUGUGUGUCCGCGCGCGCAUCUGUGUGUGUAUAAGUGUAUUGCAAGCGAGAGCGAGAGUGCCAAACGAUAUUUUGUAUAUUUAAGAAGUAGGUGUUUGAUGGAAGCGCACGCAGCCGACCAAGCGACGAUCGUAUGCGAUAUUUAACGUGUGAGAACCGACACGCAUAAACAAGACAAACAAAAUUAACACAACAUAAAACACAGUCCACGGCUGGAAGAAGGCUCACACCAUGGACGAUGAUCAGCAGUUUUGUCUUCGAUGGAACAAUCACCAGAGUACACUCAUCUCGGUGUUCGACACACUGCUGGAGAAUGGUACACUGGUCGAUUGUACAUUGGCGGCCGAAGGAAAAUUCCUGAAGGCACACAAAGUUGUUCUGUCGGCGUGCAGUCCCUACUUUGCGACCCUACUCUCCCAACAGUACGACAAACAUCCGAUCUUCAUACUCAAAGAUGUGAAAUUUCAAGAAUUGCGCGCCAUGAUGGACUACAUGUACCGUGGCGAGGUAAACAUUUCCCAGGACCAGCUGGCCGCCCUGCUCAAGGCAGCCGAAUCGCUGCAGAUCAAGGGCCUGUCCGACAAUCGCAGCAGCUCGUCGUCCGCGUCCGGGACGGGUGGAGGCGUGCAUCCGCAACAGCAACAAAAACAAAGCGAUGCACCUACCGCAAAAUCACUUCAGCCUCCCGUACCUGCUAGCAAGGCUUCUGGUCUCACCAUCGAGAACAAAAGGACCCUGAAGUCGGAGUUGCUCGAGUCCGAUGUGUCCGGUUCGCGGGAAGGAUCCACUAGUCCCACGUCGCGAAAACGUAAAAAAGUUCGCAGACGAAGUGUAGAUACGAACAACCUACUAAUAGAUAAUCAUGACCAGCAUUCAAAUUCCUCAUCACAUUCAAUGCACACUGGCAGUGGCGCAAGUGCGGCUGUAUCAGCAGCCUCCGCCAACGUCGCCGCUUCAUCUCUGUCCUCGUCGUCGUCUACCGCUGCCGUCGGUAGCAACAGCAGCGCUAAUGUGCUGUCGGUUGCCGCCGUGGCCGCUGCCGCCGCACUCAAAAAGACUGAAACCGUUCAACAGGCUGCCGCCGAAACAUUGAAACUCCAGAAGCAGCAAGCGGCUGCCGCCGCGGCCGCCGCUCAGUCCUCGGACGAUGAUGAACGAUGUGGACCAGGCAGUGUGGCAACCGGCACCGAACACGACGACGGAAACGACCUUUCGGACAAUGAGCACGAUGGCGACGGUGGUUCUUCGGUAAAGUCUGGCUCGCGACAUCAUCACCUGCGAGAUGGCAGCAGACGUGGUAAAACUUCUACCUCGUCGAUGGGAGAAAUGAUGAUCGAACCGAAGAGCGAAUACGAAGAUGUGCAGGAUGAGAAUGUUGAGGAUUUGACAAUGGACGAUGAAGAUUUAAUGGACGAACUGGACCAACCCGGACCGAGCCACGGUGGCGAUGUAUCUAGUCAAGGGUAUGCACAAUGGCCGAUGGAUCGUGAGCAGAACGAAGCGUUUAUUGCCGCUCAGGACGCAGUUGGUGGACAGCAUCGAGACGCACAAGGCAAACGAAAGGUGGUGAUACUGAAGCGCGCAACGGCUGGUGGUGGUGGUGGUGGUUCGCUGAGUGAGGCUGGAUCAUCUGCUGGCGGAACCAUUGGUGGAGGUGCGACAAAAAAGAUCAAAACCAUUACGGUGACGACCGCGGAACCUGCGCUGCUGGUUGACGAGAGUGAUAUUCCUUUGCUUACGCACCACCAACCCCACCAUCACCAGGAGGUGCGCCUACGGCAGCAAUCCGAUCGACAGCAGCAAAAUACGCUGAUAGGAGGAGGCAGUAGUAGUGUGAUGUGUGGAACGGCAGCGGCAACGACGUCUGCAAACUCCUCCGGUGGUGGUACAGCAACCAUGACCGUGAUGGCUACGCUGGCGGCCGAACCGAGCGAUGGUGGCGAGGCGUCGCCGACCACGACGCUCAUCACGCACGCGACGCCCGUCGUGCUGAAUGAUUGUUUGCUGGAGAGUAAAAACAUCGUUGUGACCAAGAAGGACAACAACUACAUACUGUUCACGGCCGAUCCAGACCCGUCGCCGGAACCGCAGACGACGACGACCAGCGCCGGAACGACGGUCAUGCUGCCUAUGCGUGGUGCGACGCUGGUCGCGACCGGGGGCAGUGGAAGUACGGCGGCCGGUGGUAACGCGACCACCACCACCACCACUGCCACCAUCAUCGAUGCAAUGCGGAUAGAGGAUCUGCUGAAGAAGGAAAAGAUUAUCAAACAGACGGAACUGCAUCCGGACGGGACCACGGCGACGACGUACAUAUUCGAUGAGUGCGAUAUCUUGCCGAUCAAAGCAACGGCCGGUACGAUUGCGAAAGGAGGCAGCGUUACACUGUCACCCGGCACGGUCGGCACGGCGAUGGUGGGCAAGCGAGUAUCGGGUGGUGUUGCUGCGUCCCCAGCGAACAGCGCCCCGGGAGCAUCGAUCGUCAACUCGGCCACUACCAUCGUCACGCCUGUGUCCAUCCACAAGGUGGUGGAUGCGGCCGCAAACGAGCUUAUCGUUCCGACGGUGAUGAAAGCCGACGGUGGCGGUGUGCGCAAAAUAGCGCACGGCACUUCGGUCGGCGGUGUCGCCUCCGGUAAACCGUUCAGCCAUCCCCGGAUCAAGUACUCACGUGCUAAGAACCCGUACAGCGCUUCGGCUAACGUUGGGCUGACCUCAUCCACCAUCACGAUGCCAAUCCUGACCAUCCCGACUGUGACGCCGCCGAGCGCUGCCUCCGGUAACAGUGCAACGGUACAGCUGCAGGAAGUAGCCCAGCAGCAGCAGCAGCAGCUAGUUCCGGCAACGACCAACACCACCACAGUGACCGGCACCGAGCGGCAGCUGUUGAACUUUUCGCUGUCGCGGAAACUGAGCUCGGCGGUGCAACAGGCGCAGCAGCAGCACGUCACGAUCACCGGUGCGGGAACACCUGGUUUGACGACGAUCAACGCAUCGACCAUACAGCAGAUCCCGAUCGCUGCAGCAAUUAGUGGUGGUGGUGGUGGUGGUACACGCGGCACCUCGGUCACGACCCGCUACACGGUGAACGAGUAUGAAACGUCCGGCUCAAACACGUCCCAAAGUGCGGACUUUCCGCCCGGCAUGAUCGACGAUCUCGACUACUCGGUGAUCGAGGACAUUGAUCCCAUCGAUAUAUCGGACGGUGUGACGACCAACUUUAGUAACGUCGUUGCCGCAGCCGCUGCGGCAGCAGCCACGAAUUUAGCGUCCUCCUGUCAGCAGCAACAGCAGCAGCAGCAGCAGCAGCAACAGACCACGACGACCAUGGCACUCGUGACCGGGAGCAAAAUGUCAUCGGAUGUGGACAACAAUGGAUCUCAAAGUGACGACGAGGAGGACGGCGAUCAGGACCUGAUGGACGACGAUGGCAGUGGCGAGCCGGACGACGACGACGCCGGCAACCAGCACAUCACAAAGUACAGCACCAAGGUGCUGAAGCUGAAGAAGGACAGUGGUGGCAGCGGGCAGCCGGGUGGCGGCACCAAGCUGCUUAACGCUUCGGCGGGUGAUAGCAAAUUUGCGCUGCUAGCCAACCCAAACAUCAUGCGCAACUUCGAGUACACGGUGAACGAAUCGACGGUGGUAAGUGACACGGACGAUGGGGAGGUGCGCCAGUAUGUGUGCAGGCACUGUGGCAAGCGGUACCGCUGGAAGUCGACCCUGCGGCGCCACGAGAAUGUGGAAUGCGGUGGCAAGGAAGCUUCCCACCAGUGUCCGUACUGCAGCUACAAGGCGAAGCAGCGCGGCAAUCUGGGCGUGCACAUACGCAAGCAUCACGCCGAGAUGCCGCAGCUCGAGAGCCGCCGUCGGUCGAACAAGUCGCGCAACUCGAUGUAACCGGUCGAUGUAACUGCUGUGCUGUUGGGUGUUUUUCCUUGUGCUAAGGAAUUUUCCGAUCUCUCCAUACCUCUUUUUUGCUUCGAUAACAGAGACCAGUGAACUUUUGUAAUUCUGUUGGAGUAGCGCUUCAAGAUGGCGGCUCCUCCUUUUCGUGCACAGACCCAUUGGCACCUUGGCCAUUGCUUGCUUUUUUCCAUCCUUCGGCAAUACGUUUAGCACCCAUGCAAUAUGAUUUCAAGUAGUUCUGUAGCUCUGCAAGUAAUUUAGACAGUUUUUGCAGUACGUUACGAGGAUUGAAUCCAGUUUUUUAAGCUUCUCAAAAGCUUCAUUGGAAGUGUUUUAAUUUAUUUUGCCACGAAUGCCGAUUGGCUUGGUUGCAGCUCGCAGUUGAAAGACUAUUCCAAAGUACAUUCGAUCCCCAGUCCUGUCGUGUGAAAAGGGACAAUGCAUCGGCUCUAUUGUUUAGCGACUCAAAUAAUAUGUUGCUCACUAAAUAAUUUAGUGUUUUAACUUUCUCUCUCUCUCACCGUCUGUCUCGACACUACUGUCUCUGUGAGUUAGUUUUGUUUUUUAUUUAUGCAUUUCCGGCCAUACUUUUACUACUACUACAACAGCUAUCACAACCACCUAUCUAUCGGUUAUGAACGAACGCUACGAGGAGGCUGAGUCGAUUCCUUUGGGCGUGUUUACGUGUAAUCGAGAUUUUGCCAUCUUUAAGGAAGCAGCGUGUUUUUUUUUUAAAUGAAAAGCGACGGAGCCAAAUUGCGCGCGACUGUGUAUCCGUGUCUCCGAGUGUUCCGAGCUAUCCUCUCUUGUCCCGGUCAUAGUCGCGGCUACAAUUUAAACUAGCGUUUUCUUUACGAUUAGUGUAACUAGACACGAUAAGGGCGUAACAUUAAUUUAAGUAUUUUACUGAUUGCUGAUUAUCCAUCUGUUUGAUAUCUAUACGUAUAAACAAGUGUGUGUGUGUGUGUGAAUGUAGUGAAGUGCUAAAUGACAGAGGAAGGAACUCGUUUUUUUUUCGUUUUCGCCAACAACAAGCUGCUACUCUCAUCUGCUUUCAAACCCCAUGUUCUUUUGCAUUAAGUCGCCCAGACUUCUUAUAGUAUGUAAUCCAGCCUUUUUGCCCCAUUACUGUACUCUGUGUACUUUUUGUGUGUUUCAUAAAAUCGUUUGAAUGCAUUUGAAUGCAGUUGCUUGCGCGAAGCAGUAGCGGUCUUAAUUAUCGUUAUACGAUAUUCUACAUACACUUCUAAUCGCUGACAGUGUGAAUGUGUGUGUGUGUGUGUGUGUGCGGUAUGCAUUGUUGUAAGCACACAGGUGACGCUAAGCAAAGCAGCAGCCCUGAAAGCAAUAAUAGAUUUUUCAUUUCAUACUUAGAGUAGCGCGUUAAUAUAAUAUGGUGUUGCCAUCUGCAUUUCUGUACGAUUAAGCUUUCACGGAAGAGAUUUGUGCCGCGCUUAACUGCUGUUAUUAUGUUCAUCCGGUUUUUCCGUACUGAUUUCACUUUAACUUUUAAGGUAGUAUGAGAGCAGGUGGGGUGAAACUUUGUGAAGCGGAAAGUAGUGCAAAAAGUAUUUUUGAGCUAUGAUUAUAGUGUGAAAGCAUAACAUACAAAUUAGAUUCUAGUAGCUGUGCGGGGGGUGUGUGUGUAAGGUAAUGUGAUGUGAGACGAAAGGAUGGCAGAGAACAACUAUUUACUUGUGGGUCAGGUGAGAAACAAAAUCACACACACACACUCACACAAAAUGUUAAAAAAGAGGAUAUUUUGGCCGAAGGACGUAAAAUUUUGCAACACAUUACGAUGAUGAUGAUGAUGAUGAUGAUGAUGGGGGAACAACAAUGCACCAGUUAUUAAUUAAAGGCGCUCACUGUGUAGGUGUGUUAGAAGGUCAGCUGUUAGUUCAACACACAUUGAAACACACACACACAAGCACGCAAACGGAAAGCGCAUUAAAGUUAAGAAUUUUAUAGAUUGUGUCAAUGUUCUGCUCGUGGUCGUGGUUUCCGAACCGAGCCACAAACAUCCUCCCCCCCCCCUCCCCCUUAUUUUGUGUAUAAAAAAUAAUUGUCGUGCAUACAUAUAAAUUUUAUAUAAAAAUAUAUAUAUUAAAUAUAUAUUAAAAAGAAAACAAAAAAGCGCGGAAAACAAACAGCAACACGAAGCCAAAAACUAUCGACGAGUCGCGUGGCCAGCAGGAAGAGGAAAUAUAUAUAUACAUAUACAUAGUGGUUCCCCACGCACUUAUGUGGAUGGAUUGCAAAUGGUGCAAAUAGUUGGUUGCUAACAUAUGCCCCCAGAGUUAGAGCUAUUUUAAAAUCAUAACAUGUUAGCAAACAAAUAAGAAAAAAAAAACUGGAAAUUAACACAAACAUACACAUCAGCAGAGGACACACAAGAACUAUUAAAAGAAAACAAAAUCAUGCAAACUGCACCGUCAAGCCAGAAAACUCUAUUUGUGAGUACAAAAGCUAAGAGAGAGCAAAAUAGGGGUUAAACGGAGGAAACAAAAAACAUACAGAAAAUGCUGGCAGAAAC